GAGCGAAGUCCUUAUCGAAGUCGAGAUUCCAGCCUGGAGCGGAUCUGGAAAAAGUAUUGGCCUUGAACUUCAAUCGAUGGCGCUGGAGUUAGUGGCAUCGGUCGCCAUCGGCUGAGUGCUAUGCAGCGAUCCUGUCGACACAAGGAGGCGUUGUCAUUUUAGCGUCUUGGGCCUCUACUUCCUGAGCUCACUUUUCAAUUCUCCGUCUCGGGCACAAGUCCGUCUUCACCUCCAUCCAUCGCCACAAACGUCCGCAAUCAUGACUCGUAACUCGGACCUGGAGAAGAACAGCCACGCCGCGUACGCAGAUCUUGAGUCUCCGGGGGACCCGAACCUGCAUCUGCAACACAUGACACCAGUCGAGAACGUGCCAUACAUGGUCAAGAGCCAAUUCGCCAAGGAGAUGAUGGCCGAGUUCCUCGCCACCUUCGUCACCAUGCUCUUUGGCUUAUCGUGUAUGACUCAGGUGGUGCUGAGCAGCGAAGCCAGUGGUAACUUCGUGACCAUCGCUCUGUGCUGGGGCCUCGCUUUCUUCUUCGGUAUCACCGUCGGCGGCGGCGUCUCCGGUGCACACCUGAACCCGGCGGUGACUACAACACUGGCGCUGCUCAAACUGCUACCAUGGAAGAAAGUGCCGUUCUACAUUCUCAACCAGGUCGUUGCAGCGUACGUGGCUGCACUCUUCGUUUACAUUCUGUACCGACCGAUGUUCAACGAGGUUGACCCGGACCGGAUGACCACGCACACAAUCUUCGCAACGUACCCGCACGAGAAUGUGGGCAACUUCACGUGCUUCUUGACGGAGUUUGUAGCCACGGCGCUAUUGAUCCUGGGUAUCCUGGCACUACUGGACCAGCACAACCGUCCCAUCGGCAAACACGCUGUGCCGCCUGCUGUCGGGGCGUUGGUGAGCACCAUCGCCAUGGGCUUCGCCAUGAACACUGGUCUGGCCAUUAACCCGGCUCGGGACCUGGGCCCUCGCCUCUUUAUGCUGUGCGCCGGCUGGGGAUCGCGCGUGUUCUCGCUCAACCACUACUACUUCUGGGUACCGAUUGUGGCCCCAAUCACUGGUGGGGCUGUAGGUGCGUUCGUGUACGAGGCGUUGAUCGGCUACCACCACCCGGAAAAGAACCGCGGUCCGCACCCGGAGUACCGAUUCUAAGGUAUGACGGGAGAUCGGGAGAUGGAGGUUUGUUUAGUUGGUUGCAUGAAGUUCCUGGAUUAUUGUUGGCACUGUUCAAUACAUGGGUUGCAUUUUCGUACGCCAAUAGGCUUAUUGAUGGGAGCUUUUGGUGGUGUGCUAUUGACUCAGCCAUGUCCGUCUGGCAGAGAUUAAAUGCAUGGCCAAAGAUUGACACUCUGCAUUACGGGCAAACUAACUUACGCAUAAGAAAUGAUCAUACCGUGUUUACUGGUUACAUUCUCCUGUCAUGAUGCCCAAGC